GAUGGCAGAGAUGAAGCAAAUCGUCGCCUUUCUGGGCCUCUUGGGGACUUUGACUCUCUUGCCAUCAUCCAAAUGUUCCCCUCAUGCUGCUUCGGAGAAACUGGCCCUUCCUUCUCUUUUGAGCAGCAUUCAAGAAGCCAAGCAGAUGGUGGACGAAGCAUACAAGUUCUCACGGGAGAUCGCAAAGGAAGACUUGGAAAAGAACCGCGUCAGCCCAUCUGACUUCCUAAAAUAUGUAAAGGAGCCGGUGGCAGGGACCAGAACUGCAAUCCGCUCUGCGGCUUACCAGGAGACGGUUUUAAGCCUCCUCGAAAAGAAACUGGAGAAGGAUUGGCGCAGGGAGUUCAACAUCACAGAUGUGCUCAAUGACACCCAGAAGGAAAUGAUCGCCAAAGCCACUGGCUGUGACUAUCUCACCCGGCCUACGAGAUGUCCAGAAACUAGCACUUACCGGACCAUUACUGGAGAAUGCAACAACAGGAAACAUCCUCACUUGGGAGCAUCCAACCGUGGCUAUACCCGCUGGCUACCAGCUGAAUACGAGGAUGGCAAGUCUCUCCCCCGGGGCUUCACUGAGGAGAAACUUUAUAAUGGAUAUCCUCUCCCAAUGGUGCGGAAAGUGUCCAAUGAAAUCAUUACCACCUCCAAUGAGAAUGUCACAGCUGACCAGGAACGCUCUGUGGCUUUCAUGCACUGGGGUCAGUGGGUUGACCAUGACUUGGAUUUAGCACCAUUUACUAACACCAACGUCAAGGAUAAAAAAUCCCGCUGUAGCACCGUCUGCAACUAUCAGCUGCCUUGCUUCCCUAUUGAGUUUCCUCCUGGGGAUCCACGAAUAAGUGAGCCGGGGGUCUGCAUACCCUUCAUUCGGACUGCCCCGGUGUGUAAUCCCACGACGUUAAUCCGUGAGCAGAUCAACUCGAUCACAUCAUUCAUGGAUGCCAGCAUGGUGUACGGGAACGAAGAGCCUUUGGCGCGGAGACUGCGGAACAGAACGAAUUCUCUGGGCUUGAUGGCCGUCAACCAGAACUUCACAGAUGCAGGGCUGGAGCUGCUGCCCUUUGAGAACAAUCCCAACAGUCUCUGUCUGUUCACAAACAAGUCAGACAACAUCCCUUGUUUUAUAGCAGGGGACAGGCGAGCAACCGAAAAUCUGAGACUGAUUGCCAUCCACACGUUGUUUGUCCGGGAACACAACCGACUGGCCACGGAGCUGAAACAACUGAACCCCCACUGGGAUGGAGAGAAGCUCUAUCAGGAGGCCCGGAAGAUCAUCGGAGCCAUUAAUCAGGUGGUCACAUUCAGAGACUACCUGCCCCUCUUACUGGGCGAUGAAUUUAAUAAACAGUUGCCGUUGUAUAAGGGCUACGACGAUUCUGUAGAUCCCACCGUUGCAAAUGUUUUCUCCCUUACCUUCCGAUUUGGCCACGGUUCUAUCCCACCCUUGGUGUCCCGACUAGGAGAAGAUUUUGGACCACUGCUUCCUGAUUCCCACUUACCGCUUCAUCGCACCUUCUUUGCAUCGUGGAGAAUCAUUCGGGAAGGUGGCAUCGACCCUCUUCUCCGUAGUUUCAUGGUCGACCACGCCAAGCUGAUGAAGCAAAGCCAAAUGAUGGUUGAGGAGCUUGUAGAUCGGCUUUUUGAGCAAGUGGCAGCAAUCGGUCUCGAUCUGGCUGCUCUCAACCUUCAGCGGGGGAGAGAUCACGGCCUGCCAGGGUACAACGCCUGGAGGCGGUUUUGUGGCCUUUCCGAACCCCACGACGUGGCCGAGCUUGCUGUAGUGCUGCGGAACACUAAACUGGCAGAGAAGUUCAUUGGACUUUACGGGACGCCGGACAAUAUCGACAUCUGGAUUGGGGCGCUGGCUGAACCCUUUGUUCCCAAUGGAAGGGUGGGGCCUCUCCUUGCGUGUCUCAUCGGAAAGCAGUUUCGAAAUAUGCGAGACGGAGACAGAUUCUGGUGGGAGAAUCCUGGCGUUUUCACUCCCUGGCAACGCCGCACUGUUAGUGGUGUAUCGUUAUCCCGCAUGAUUUGUGACAACACACGCAUCGGCGAGGUGCCAAUGGACAUCUUCAAGAGGAACCAGUAUCCCAAAGAUUUUGUGAGCUGCCCCCAAAUCGGGGGACUGGACUUGUCAGCUUGGAAAGAAGAGAAUGACAUGGGUGUGGAAGAAAGAGGACAAGAGGAGUAG